AUGGAUAUAUGGAGAUUACUAGCUUUGGCUAUCACCUUUGCUUCAUCUGAAGUUAUCCUUGCUCGCCACCACUUUGUACGUCCUCUAUCAAGAAUAAGGAAUGUGGGAAUUACAAAUGGCCAUGAGGCUGCAGAAGGCCAAUUUCCCUAUCAAGUGGGUUUGGCAUUUUCAAAUUCAAAUUUGGGCUGGUGGUGUGGCGGUUCAUUGAUUGGCAAUGCUUGGAUUUUGACGGCAGCUCACUGUACCAGUGGUGCCUUUUCCGGAACAGCUUUUUUAGGCUCUACCAAACGCAUCAAUCCCAAGAUUGUACGCACCUUCUCCAACAGCAGCAUUUACCAACAUCCAAGCUAUGAUUCGGUGUACUUGCAAAACGACAUCUCACUGAUAAAGAUACCAGCAGUGGCUUUUAAUACUCGCAUCGAAAAAAUUAAAUUACCUGCCAACUCGUAUUCAACCUAUGCAGGCCAAAGAGCUUUUGCUUCUGGCUGGGGCUUUACCAGGGACUCCGAUACAUUUCCCAGCUCAAAAUUACUCUAUGCCUGCUUGGAUGUUAUCGAGAACAGCAAAUGCGCCAAAACCUAUGAUAAAUUUAACAUAACGAAGAAAAUUCUAUGCACUGCCACAGGAAAUGGCACGUCUAUAUGCAACAGAGACGGCGGCGGACCCUUGGUAUUGGUUAACCGUAAAAUUCUCAUUGGUGUAGCAUCCUUUAUUCACACAUCCGGAUGUCAAUCGGGCACUUCUGCAGGUUUCAUGCGUGUUACCGAAUAUUUGGAUUGGAUCAAAAACAUUUCGCGAAUCUCCUACUAA